AUGAUGCCCUUUCUGCCUUCCUGCAGCGGCAAGGCGUUUUGCCAUAAUUCUGCAGUGCUGCUGCUGUUGAUUUUGUCUUUAAUUGCUGCUGCUGCGCUGGUAUUUCCUGCUGCUGCUGCUGCUGCUUCUGUCUUGCUGCAGAGAGAGUCCUCUCUCGAUAUUUUGGGCCGGAGGGAAGAUGAGACUCGUAGGAACUCCUCGCAGGCCCGGGAAGCAACAGCAGCUGCAGCAGCUGCUGCUGCUUCUGCUGCUGCUGCUGUUCCCGUCGACGCAACUGAUGCAGACGAGCCUAGCGACCGCCAGGAGGCAUCUCCGGGCCUUCUCAGCUUCCCCAUUCCAGCAGCAACAGCAGCAGCAGCAGCUGCUGCUGCUGCUGUUGCUGCUCCCGUGCCGCCUUCGGUUCCCCAGUUCGAAAAGCAGCCGCAGCAGCCGCAAUUCGCCCCACUGUGUCCACUGCCUAUUCAGCAACCCAGCCUGCAGCAGCAGCACCAACAGCAGCAACAGCAGCAGCAACAGCAGCAGCAACAGCAGCAGCAGCAUGGGCAACUUGGCUUCUUGGAGCCUUCUGCCGGGGGCUAUGGUGCGCCUGUCCCAUCGGUGACAGCAGCAGCGAGGACAGGCAGCAGAAACGACCUUACUGCUUUGCUGCUGCGCGCUGCUGCCCAUCAUGCUGCAGCAGCCGCUGCAGCAAAUGCAGCAGCAGCAGCAGCGGUAGCAGCAGCAGCAGGAGAGGGGGAUGCCGCGGCUCUGCACCAAGCAGCUCACGCAGUAGCUGCGAUGCAGCCGCAGCAAGCUGUACCAGCUGCUGCUCUCACGUAUCAGCACUGGCAGCAGCAAACCUGUGGCAAUCAAGAGCAGCAACAGCAGCAACUGCAUCAGCAGCAACUGCAUCAGCAGCAACUGCAGCAGCAGCAACUGCAGCAGCAGCAACUGCAGCAGCAGCAGCUGCAGCAGCAGCAGCUGCAGCAGCAGCAACUGCAGCAGCAGCAACUGCAGCAGCAGCAAAUGCAGCAGCAGCAAAUGCAGCAGCAGCAGCAGCAACAGCAGCAACAGCAGGCUCUCCCGGAUACGACGGAUGACCUCGCCUUUGCUGUUUCGCUGCUGCUGCAGGAGGGGCAGCAGCAGCAACGGUCGCUGCUGACGGUCCCGCCAGGCCACGAAGCAGAUCCAAAAACGCUGAAGCAGCAGCAGCUGCUGCUGCAGCAGUUGCAGCAGCUGCAGCAGCUGCAGCAGCAGCAAAGUGACGACCUGGAUCCGAAGGAACUUCUUCACCAACAAACAGCCCUUUUAGCGGCACUGCAGCAGCAAGACCUGCAGCAUCCGCAUCUGCUGCUGCAGAACCAGCAGCAGCAGCAGCAGCACCAGGAGCAGCAGCAGUCUGGCUUUGUGCCAUGCACGCGAAGCAACAGCACGUGCGGCCGCACGACGAGCAUCUCAGGCAUGUCUUCAGUUCCGAUGGGCAGCAGCAGCGGCAACAGGAGCAGCAGCAGCAACAGCAGCAGCAGCAGCUGCCAAGGAGACCAAGUGUUUGAUCUGCAGCUGCAGGCACUUCUUGCUGAAGCCAAAGGCGUUGGCUGGAACUACGAUUUAAGCGACUUAGCUGUGUCGCCGCCGCAGCAGCAGCAGCAGCACACGCUGCAGCCGCUGCAGAUUUUGCCGAAUAGCAGUGGCAGCACGAGCAGCAGCAGCAGCAGCAGCAGCAGCAGCAGCAGCUGCUGCAACAUAGUCGACAGAGCAGCAGCGCACCUGGAAACCCUCCCCUCACUGGGGUCACUGAGCAGCGCGGAUCACUGCACUGGUGCUGCAGACGCACCAAGCAGCAGCAGCAGCAGCAGUAGCAGCAGCAGCAGCAAUCAGGCUGCACAGAUAAACCAGGGAAGCGGCGGAGAUAGCAUUGGCGCCGCAGCAAGGUGGGCGACGGGGACCACAGGCAGAAGCAGCAGCAGCAGCUGCAGCAGUUGCUGCUGCAGCAGCAGCACCCCAGGCCAGAGGCUUUCUCGUCGGCAGCGGCGGCUGUUGCGCCAGCAGCAAGCAGAGGAGCAGCAGCAGCAGCAGCAGCAGCAUCCGGCGCAGCAGCAGCAGCAGCAGAAACAAGGACAGCCGAAGCAGCAGCAGCAGCAGCGGCAGUCCAAGUGCAGCACGAGCGAGCACGAGGGCUCUCGCUACGGCCCCGCCGACUGGAGCCACCAGCAUUACCAUCAGCAGCAGCAGCAGCAGCAGCAGGAGCAGCAGCAGCUGCUCCUGCAGCAGCAGCAAAUGGGCGUCUGCUAUGUCCCUGGAAUGCAUGCAACUCAGCCCCUCCCAGGGGUUUCUUGGCUGCUGCCGGGGCCCUCGGGGCCCUCCCCCAUUCUUGUGGGGGCCCCCUGCAGCUCUUUACAUUCAGCUACGCGUUCGGGGCCCCAAGCAGCAGCAGCAGCGGCUGCUGCUGCUGCUGCUCCCACCACUGCUGCUGCUGCUGCAGGCGCUGCUGCUCCCCCCAGCUACUAG